GAAGAGGUAGAUAAGGAAAUCUGAAUGGAGGGAAUUAGAAAAAGUUGGAAAGAAAUCCUUGGCGAGAGAGCAUGGAAUCUAAUCUCCUACUGUCAUCACAACAAAGUUUAAAACCAUCCUCCAUCCAAAAUAAAUAAAUAAAUAAUUAAAAACAAAAAGCACCGCACAACACAAAACGAACCUCACCUCAACUCUCAACACUACCGCUAUCAACGGGCACAGUGCGUGUGAGAGAAGAUGAGAAGAUGACGACGCCGUUUCAGCAACCACCGCAAACCGUACGGAGGCUGGUCGUGGAAGUAAUCGACGCGCGCAACCUGCUCCCGAAGGAUGGACAAGGUAGCUCAAGCCCUUACGUGGUGGCGGACUUCGACGGCCAGAGAAAGCGAACCAACACCCGCUUCAAGGAGCUCAACCCGGUCUGGAACGAGCCUCUCGAUUUCAUCGUCUCCGACCCUGACAACAUGGACUUCGAGGAGCUCGAAGUGGAGGUCUACAACGACAAGAAGUUCGGCAACGGAAGCGGCCGCAAGAACCACUUCCUCGGGAGAGUUAAACUCUACGGAACGCAGUUUUCCAGAAGAGGCGAAGAAGCUCUCGUCUACUACACGCUCGAGAAGAGGAGCGUCUUCAGUUGGAUACGCGGCGAAAUUGGCCUCAGGAUUUAUUACUACGAUGAGAUGCUAGUUGAAGACGACAAACCACCGCCGCAACAACAGGAGGAGCAACCUGAGCAGAACAAGCCGCCGCCGGGAGCGGCUGACGAUGAGAUGCUAGUUGAAGACGACAAACCACCGCCGCAACAACAGGAGGAGCAACCUGAGCAGAACAAGCCGCCGCCGGGAGCGGCUGUUGUCGAGGAGGGACGGGUUUUCGAGGCUCCUGGACCGAUGGAGCAAUGUAUACCUCUUCCUACGGGUCCUCCUCAUUCGCCGCGUGUGGUGGUGGUUGAAGAAUCGCCGCCUCCGGUUGUGCAUGUUUCGCAGGAUCCGCCGUUGCCGGGAAUGUGCGAGCCUCCGGAAAUGCAGUUCCAUCCGGAGGUGAGGAAAAUGCAGGCCAACAGAGGGGAGAGGGUGAAGAUAUUCAAGAGGCCGAACGGUGAUUACUCGCCUAAGGAUAUUUCUGGUAAGAAAACUGGCGCCGAGUCCGAGAGGGUUCAUCCGUUCGAUCUCGUGGAGCCUAUGCAGUAUCUGUUCGUCCGGAUAGUGAAAGCUCGCGGGCUUGCUCCUCCCAGUGAAAGCCCAUUUGUGAAGGUCAGAACGUCCAGCCACUUCGUGAGAUCCAAGCCCGCCAGUUACCGCCCCAACGAGCCCGCCGACUCGCCUGAGUGGAACCAGGUGUUUGCGUUGGGUUACAACAAGACCGACGUCAACAGCGCCACGCUGGAGAUUUCCGUUUGGGAUUCUCCCACGGAGAAUUUUCUCGGUGGUGUUUGCUUUGAUCUUUCCGACGUUCCGGUUAGAGAUCCUCCGGAUAGUCCCUUGGCGCCGCAAUGGUACCGCCUCGAAGGAGUCACCGCCGAUCAGAAUCCCGGGAGAGUUGCCGGCGACAUUCAGCUCUCCGUGUGGAUCGGGACGCAAUCCGACGACGCGUUCCCGGAAGCGUGGAGCUCAGAUGCACCGUACGUAGCGCACACUCGCUCCAAGGUUUAUCAGUCACCGAAGCUCUGGUACCUCCGCGUGACGGUGGUGGAGGCGCAAGACCUGAACAUUGCUCCGAAUCUGCCUCCAUUGACGGCGCCGGAAGUGAGGGUGAAGGUGCAAUUAGGGUUCCAAUCGCAGCGAACAAGGAGAGGAUCCAUGAACCACCGUAGCUUAUCGUUCCACUGGAACGAGGACCUUCUCUUCGUGGCCGGGGAGCCUCUGGAAGAUUCUGUGAUCGUUCUCCUGGAAGAUCGGACGAGCAAGGAAGCGGCGCUGCUAGGCCACAUCGUGAUUCCGCUAGGCUCAAUCGAGCAGCGAAUAGACGAGCGCCACGUGGCAGCGAAAUGGUUCCCGUUGGAAGGCGGGCCCUACUGCGGGCGAGUCCACCUGCGCCUCUGCCUGGAGGGCGGGUACCACGUGCUGGACGAAGCGGCGCACGUGUGCAGUGACUUCCGUCCCACCGCCAAACAGUUAUGGAAACCGGCGGUGGGGAUUCUGGAACUGGGGAUUCUGGGCGCUCGCGGCCUCCUCCCGAUGAAAUCGAAAGGCGCUGGAAAGGGCUCCACGGAUGCUUACUGUGUGGCUAAGUAUGGAAAAAAGUGGGUCCGAACCCGCACCGUAACCGACAGCUUCGAUCCACGCUGGAACGAGCAGUACACGUGGCAGGUCUACGACCCCUGCACGGUUCUCACCGUUGGCGUGUUCGACAACUGGCGCAUGUUCGCUGACGUGUCAGAAGACAGACCCGAUUGCCGUAUCGGGAAGGUACGAAUACGUGUCUCUACGCUUGAGAGCAACAGAGUGUACACCAACUCCUACCCCCUCCUCGUGCUCACGCGAACCGGGUUGAAGAAAAUGGGGGAAAUCGAGUUGGCGGUUCGGUUCGCUUGCCCCUCCUUGUUGCCCGACACGUGUUCGGUCUACGGGCAGCCCCUGCUUCCUCGAAUGCACUACCUCCGCCCGCUCGGGGUGGCCCAGCAGGAGGCUCUCCGCGGGGCCGCCACCAAGAUGGUGGCGCAGUGGCUGGCGCGGUCGGAACCGGCGCUGGGGCACGAGGUGGUUCGUUACAUGCUAGAUGCGGAUUCGCACGCGUGGAGCAUGAGGAAGAGCAAGGCGAAUUGGUUCAGAAUCGUGGCGGUUUUGGCUUGGGCCGUUGGAUUGGCCAAGUGGUUGGAUGAUAUUAGAAGGUGGAAGAAUCCAGUCACCACUGUCCUUCUCCACAUCCUUUAUUUGGUGCUUGUUUGGUACCCGGAUUUGAUUGUCCCCACUGGGUUCUUAUACGUGGUCCUAAUCGGGAUUUGGUAUUACCGGUUCAGGCCGAAAAUACCGGCUGGGAUGGAUACCCGGUUAUCUCAGGCUGAAGCGGUUGACCCGGAUGAGUUGGACGAGGAAUUCGACACCAUGCCAAGUUCGAAACCACCAGAUAUAGUUCGAAUGCGCUAUGAUAGGUUAAGAAUGCUAGCAGCUAGGGUCCAAACAGUGUUGGGUGAUUUUGCCACCCAGGGAGAGAGGCUUCAAGCCUUGGUUAGUUGGAGGGACCCUAGGGCUACCAAAUUGUUCAUUGGAGUCUGUCUUGCCAUAACUGUCACACUCUAUGCGAUGCCGCCAAAAAUGGUGGCUGUGGCCUUAGGGUUUUACUACCUCCGCCACCCCAUGUUCCGGAACCCCAUGCCCUCCGCCACCUUGAACUUUUUCCGGCGACUUCCCAGCCUGUCUGAUCGCUUGAUGUAGAUUAUUAUUCAAAUUCAGUGCCUAGUUUUUUUCUUUUUUUUUAAGGUGACAAUUUUUUUAGAGGUGGGAAUUUAUUUUUUACUAUAUGGGACUGGGACUAGUGACUAGUGAGGGUGUGGAAAGGAACAAGCAGAAGCAGCUGUUUUGUAGGGAUAGUGUUUGAAAAAGGUGUCUCAAUAACAUCGUAAGGAGUGAAAAGGGGGUGGAAAGUGGCUAGUUGUCAUCAUUUCUUUUUGUUGCAAUCGAAUGGAUUGACUGUGGCCACUGUUGAAAACUCGAAAUAAGAGAAAGGAGGGACGAGGGUGAGAGAGAGGCGAGAGAGAAACAUGGGGGGAGAAAUUUUGGGUACUGUCUUGGCUGUGGUGGGGAGACUUUUCUGUCAAUGUUUAGGAAGGCAUAUAAUAUUGCCUUUCAUAUCUCUUCACAUUUUUUUUUUAAAUACAGUGCCCUCAACAGCUCCUUGCUGUUUGUUUGUUUC